UUCUCAGGCUUUUGUUAGGGCGGUAGUGUGAGUUGAAAUGUUAAUGCGAGUCGAUACGAUUUUUUUUUUUCUCCUUCUCUCCCCCUUUUUUUGGUCGCGUUCAGGUUUUAAUGUAAUCGUAUCACUAUAAAUGUCUCAUAACCCAUAGAUCACGGGUUAAAUCAGUGCAAAAGAUCCAUUGUCGAGUUUAUUAUGAACGCUCAUCAUGGCAGAGUUCUCACCAAAGAAAAGUUAGCUAGCUUCGCUUAUUUAGGCUUGUUUUUCGCACUAACUUCGGCGUUUUUUAAGCCACGACAGCUGGAAUUUGUACAGGAUGUUCGUGUAGCUCCUUCACUUCACCUCCCUCAGUGUGUAGAUACAGAAAUGAUUAGCGGAAAUAACAACGCCGGCUAAAUUUCAGCUGAUUUCCAGAUAAAAAAAAGCAAACACCUGAACGGUUAUAUAGUUAAUCAGCUGUACAGCUCAGUGAUAACACGGACAGCGUUCUAAAGCUCGCAAUGUCGAAUAUUAACAACGACGCCAUAAGUUUGAUCAAAGACGUCAAACCGGGAUCUAAGAACCUGAAUAUCGUCUUUAUAGUUCUGGAGAUCGGUCGCGUGACAAAGACAAAGGACGGACACGAAGUGCGCUCGUGUAAAGUGGCUGAUAAGAGCGGCAGUAUCGCCAUCUCCGUCUGGGAUGAACUUGGUAGCCUUAUCCAGCCUGGAGACAUCAUCCGCCUUACACGAGGUUAUGCGUCUAUGUGGAAGGGGUGUCUUACAUUAUACACAGGCAGAGGUGGAGAUCUGCAGAAAAUUGGAGAGUUCUGCAUGGUGUACUCGGAAGUACCGAACUUCAGCGAGCCAAAUCCUGAUCUGCUAGCCCAAGCCAACCAGCAGAACAAAACGGGUAAAGACCAGCGUGGAAACUCCCCACCUUAUCAAAACACACCACCUGUCCAAGCAGGAAACGGCACCAUGCAGACGUAUCCCAAUAAUGGCACCAAUCCGCCAGCCAACUUCGCAGCUCCCGGUAGAGCGAACGGCCGUGUUCCUGGAAACGGCCCGCCACUGGUCACUGUAGGACAACCUGCACCUCCUAAACCGUCAGUCACCAUCAGCAACGGCAGGGACCCUCGACGUGCUUCUAAGAGAUGAAAUGCACUCAAAGCUUGAAUCUGUUUAAAACCUUAUUUUCCCUUAAAUAACUGCCAAUUAAGAGACUUCAGAGUCUAAUAUUACAGUGCAAUCAGCUGUGUAUUGACUUUGUCCUCUUUUAUCUAGGACUGUUAGAGUUUCUGGAGAACAGUUGAUAAUAUUUAAGAUCUCCACCUCCUACUUCUCGUCGUCUUUAGUGCCGAUCUCAACAUGUGCCCUCGUUGUGGUGUUUCAACCAUCCACACUUACUUGAACACUUAAUGCACUUUCUUCACUUAGUUUCUAGUGAAUUGCUGUCAAUGGAAUUCAGGAGAGGUUUAUCUGCUGUUAACGUGCAGGCGGAAGCCACUGGCUGCCUUUUUCUUUGUAUGGAGAGGAGCAGGGACACCCUUCAGCCAAAAAUCCUACCAAAAGUGACUGUGCAAGAAGUGAUUUGUUCAAAAGUGGUUUGAUUCUGACACUUAGGUUUAUUUAAGUAGAAAUAAAACUAAAAAUGAACAAA